GAGCCCGCAUGAACUGUACCUCCCCUCUGCACUCAUUCAACAUGUGAACCUCCGGGUUGAUGUACUGGAUGAUGGACUCAAUUUGAAGCUGCUUUUCAAGAUAAACGUAUAACUAAUAUAUAGGGUACCGUAUGGAUUAUGGAUCGGAUAUGGAUAUUUUACAAUUUCCUUCUUUUUCUGAUUGUUUGUGUGAAUUCAUCGCUGACUGACGGUGACGACGCUUCCUGUGAUGGAGCAUUUGAUAUUUAUUUUGUGUUAGACAGAUCAGGCAGUGUGUCAGGACACUGGGAAGAAAUCUAUAGAUUUGUGGAACAGCUCACUAACAGGUUUGUGAGUCCCAGGAUGAGGGUUUCCUACAUUGUCUUUUCAGCCAGAGCGGUUGUAAUACUGCCACUCACUGGAGACAGGUCAAAGAUAGAUGAGGGCUUAAAGAAGCUGAGCCAAAUCAAACCUGCUGGUGAAACAUACAUGCAUGAAGGAAUGAAAGCAGUCUCUGAUCAGAUGAAGGCACAAUAUUCACCGUCAUCCACCAUCAUCAUCGUUCUGACUGAUGGCAAGCUGGAGGUCUUCCCCUUUGAGCUGAGUGUACAGGAGGCUGACAAAGCCAGAGGCUUUGGAGCCAGAGUCUACUGUGUAGGGGUCAUGGAUUUUGACCACAAACAGCUUGCAGAAAUAGCAGACGGCACAGAGCAGGUAUUCCCGGUGUUGUCAGGAUUUCAUGCCCUCAAAGACAUCGUCAACUCUAUCCUGAAGCAGACAUGUGCAGAUGUUUUUACAAUAGAGCCGUCUAGAGUUUGUGUGAAUGAGUCCUUUAAUGUGGUGCUGAGAGGCAGUGGCUUUAGUGGCAAGAGGAUGGAAAACAUACUCUGUUCCCUGACUGUCAAUCAGAAAGUAUACGACAUAAAGCCAACUGUAGUUCAAGAUGGCUAUCUGCUGUGUCCAGCUCCUGUGCUGCAUGAGGAUGGACAAUCAAUUGAAGUGCUGGUCAGUUUAAACAAUGGACAAUCCUUCAUCUCCAGCCCCAUCACCAUCCAUGCCACAACCUGUUCAGAUGGGACGUGGGUGCUGUGGUUGUUAUUGGCUCUGUUGCUGUUGCUGGUUCUGUUUUUACUCUGGUGGUUCUGGCCUCUGUGCUGCACAGUGGUCAUCAGGGACCCACCCCCAUCUCGCCCACCUCCUCCACCUCCUGUAAUUGAACCAGAGCAAGAAGUUUUACCCAAACACAGAUGGCCUACUGUGGAUGCAUCAUACUAUGGAGGCAGAGGCCCUGGAGGAAUCAAACGAAUGGAGGUGCGCUGGGGGGAGAGGGGAUCCACGGAGGAAGGCUCACGGCUAGAAAAAGCCAAAAAUGCUGUUGUCACUUUACCAGAUGAAGUGGAGGAGCCUAUCAUACCCCAACCCCCACCUCGACCUCCUCCAGUCUAUAAUCCCCUGCCGCAGUCCAAAUGGUACACUCCUAUUAAGGGGCGUUUUGAUGCGUUGCUGGCAAUACUGAGGAGGCAGUACGACAGAGUCGCAAUCAUGAGGCCGUCACCUCAGGACAAGGUAGGUAACAUCUGCGCUGAAAUGAAUGGAAUCCAAGUCGAAGGAGGAAUACUGCAGCUCAUCCAUUCAAGACAUCAACAUUUCUCACAGCUUAACUUUCUAAAGCCGCCAGGGAAUAUUUCAGUAAAAUACUGGCUUAGAGUUUCAUUCGUUGAUUAGAAGUCUGAUCCAUCCUCUUGACUCUACAGUAAUUUGAUUAGAUAAAAAUAGAUAAUUGCUGUCAGCCCAUCUGCUGCCCUCUUAUUAUCCACCCAACAGCCUACUGCUUCAACUCAUUUGUUAAAAUAAAUUCCAAUGAAUGCACUAUUCAGAAUCAACCAAACUCUAAUAACCACAGAGAGGUUAUGCAGUGUUAAAGGAUUUUCUGUUCAUAUUUGCUGAAUGGUUUUUACAAUAUUUGAAAUCAGUGCCUCUGACAUGUAGUUGAAGAAAUUGCUGUAAUUAAGAGCCAAAUUUCAAGCUGAAUUGUUGUGCUAGCCGACCCUUUUGAUUGUCAUAAAGAGACACUGCAUUUUUUUUAACACCACCGUAGAAACUCGAAGAAGAGAUGCAUUUUGACUCCUAUUUUGGGUUAGUCAGCAUCUUCUUCUUAAAGAUGAAAUCUUUACUGGUUUUGUAUAAUUCUGUUAUUUUUUUCAAAAUGACAAAUUGUGUUCUAAAACAAACUAAUUCCCAGAGUUUCAGCUGAGGUGCAACUACUGUAAAAUUUCAAAUAAUGUCUUAAGAACAUCAUGGAAAGGACUGAAAGGGAGGGGAGAUAAGACUCGCCAACACUUCCACUUUCUACUGUCCCUUAUCGACCACAACAUCAUUCAGUCCAUGCUGCUUUUUAGAUUUAUGUCAUAACUUUUCAAGGUAGACUUACCACUAGCUUCUUAAGUGUAACACAAUAAUAAAUGGUCAUGUAGAGCUGUGGUUCUCAGCAUCAGGACCCAUUACCAUAUCCUUAAGGGCAAAUUGCAACCCAAAUAUCCUACAUUUUGCAAUCAUAUUUAAGUGUUUUUCAUGAGAAAUGGUGCAGUAUGGAUUAGAAAUUAAACGAAGAUGUAAGAAAGGGGUUGAGACACAUCCUACAAAAUAAAAAGUCAUCGUAGUUUGUUGCCUCAGAUUUUAUUCCUGGCAUACUUUCACGAUCCACUGAAUAUGGCUUCAUGAUCCACUUUUGGGUCCUGACCCACCAUUUGAGAAUCACUGAUGUAGAGGACACAAGUUUGUAUAUAUGGGCCUAGUUUUAGGAACUACAUUAACCACGAUCCUGAAGUCACAGCAACAUCUCUGACUGGCUCUGAGGAAAUAACAGAUGGCCCCACAUACAUUACAAGCCAGCAGAUCAGAUAUGGGAAUUUAUUUUUUAAUUCAGUUGCAGUAAUUAUUUUCAACCUGUAGAGGGCAGUUGCUCAGCACAUUUUUUAAUCCAAAGUGUAGAAUAUGAAUGCUUUGUGUUAAAUUGUCAAGAUCUGGAUCUUAACUGAUCAAUAGUACUACUAAAUUCCCAAAUACAUCAAUAAAAAAGUGGUCUGAGGUUUAGUUACUUAAAGUCAUCAUUUUCCCCUAAAGUAUGUACUUGAAACAUGCAUUCAAUCUUUCUUCAUUGGUUGUUCUACUGCAACAAGUUCCUUCAUGUGACUUUAGAGCCUGUCUCUCUUUGUCUCCAGGGCCGCUGCAUUAACUUCACUAGGGUUCGAAGUCACUGAGGUUUGAACAUAAGGAUCAACUCACAAUUUAUGUGUCUUGCCAAAAAUGACUGACAUGUUUACUCAAAAAAUUAUGUUUUUUU